AUGCACAUAAGAACAAUAAGAGCAUUUUCAAUACUUUUAAGAUCAAAAAGAUUACACCAGUUCCCUGGUCCAAUUAAAUUACCACAUAUUAUUGAUAUUGCACCAAUGUCGAAGAGAUCACUUACGGUAUCAUCUAAUCCAUCACUUCUUAAGAAGUCAAAAAUCACAGAUGAAGAUUUACUUGAGAUCAAUGAUAUUCUCUCUGAAUCUGAUGAUUGGGAUAGUGAGGAUUCCUUUCUCCUAAAUAAUUCAAAAUUCGAUAAUCCUAAACCCAGCAACGAUAAAUAUACACUCCAGGAAUUAAGUGUAAAUAUGGGAACAGCAAAACCCGAAAAUAGUAAGAUAAGCAUUGCUGCUAUAAGACAGUUACAUACCAAUACUUUUACCAACGACGAUGAUGAUUCUGAACUUAAUAAUAUAAUCCAACAGUUUGACUCUCAGCCCGUCUUAAAGAAUUCCAGUACUCAAGAAACACCACUCAAAGUUGAUAUCCUUUCUGAUAGAUUACUACAACUAUCUACACCUGUUCAAGCUCAAAAAACACCGGCUGCCAUACAAAUUAAAAGUGAUGAAUUUUCUGAGAUUGAUCUCUCUUCACUUCUAGAUGCUAGUUUCAAAUCUAAAAAGGAAACAUCCUCUGGUAAUAAUACAUCAUUACGUUUGAGUGUGUCACAGCCACACACAAUAGAAACUGUUUCGUCCACUAGUAAACAUGAGCUAAAUAGAUCUGUAAGCGACAUACCUGUUGGACAGGUGCAAGGACGAUUAAGCAAUAAAUUCUCAUUCUCUACACAAGCGCCAUCUCUCUUUAAUCCUGGCCUUAAUGAUGAAGGUUUGGAAGACAAACCUCAUUUGCAAUUACCUCCCAAUACCAAAGUAAAAAUACCUAUUAGACUUAGUGUGGAACAAGAACAAAUUAUUAGUCUAGCUGAGAAGGGUUAUAAUAUCUUCUACACAGGAAGUGCGGGUACUGGUAAAUCAAUAUUAUUAAAGGAGUUAAUUAAAAAUUUGAGAUCCCUAUAUGGUCGAGAUCAUGUUGCAGUUACUGCAUCAACAGGUCUUGCAGCGUGUAAUAUCGGUGGUGUUACUAUACAUUCCUAUACCGGUAUUGGUCUAGGGAAAGGUGAUGGUGAUAUGUUGUACAAGAAAGUGCGUCGAUCUAAAAAACAUUUGCGUCGAUGGCAGGAUAUGAGGGCACUCAUAAUUGAUGAGGUAUCUAUGUUGGACGGUGAUUUGCUUGAUAAAUUAAAUCAUAUUGCUAAAAAGGUCAGGAAAAAUCGUGAGCCAUUUGGUGGCAUACAAGUAAUAUUCUGUGGGGACUUUUUUCAAUUACCACCAGUUUCUAAAGAUUCAAGGAAUCCGACAAAAUUUGCCUUCGAAGCACUGUCAUGGAAAGAGGGUAUUGAUAUAACUGUAAUGCUGCAAAGAGUGUUCAGACAACAGGGGGACUUGAAAUUCAUAGAGAUGUUGAAUAAAAUGAGAUUAGGCAAAAUUGAUGCGGAGACUGAGAGAGAAUUUAAGAAAUUAAAUCGAGAUCUCCCUGAUGACGAAAUUAUUCCAGCAGAACUAUAUAGUACAAGAAAUGAAGUCGAUAGGGCUAACAAUCUAAGAUUGAACAAAUUGCCAGGCGAAGUUCAUUUUUUCAAGGCCACAGAUGCAGGUAACUUAAAGGAUGACGAAUUGAGGGAUAAAUUACUGCAAAAUUUCUUAGCACCUAAAGAAUUACAAUUGAAAGUUGGUGCACAAGUAAUGAUGAUAAAAAAUAUUGAUGCCACAUUAGUGAAUGGGUCUCUCGGUAAAGUGCUUGACUUUAUGGAUGCAGACACAUACUUUUUCUAUAAUAUCAUGAGUGGUAAUCCCGGUGUUAGUGUAGAAGAAUUGGAUAGGCUUAAGGGUGAUCCGUUACGUGUUGAAGAAUUGAAGGAAGAAGCUGCAGCUGAGGAUGAAGCUAACGGAAUUAAAAGAAAUAAACUAAUAAAAGAAACGUUUAACAAAUCUGUGAAACAGACUUCAGGAGGAUCACUUGAUAAUAGCAUAUUCGAUUUUUUGAAUGGUAUACACGUUGAAGGUUCCCAAGAAAAGGAUAAUCUGGAACGAAAGAAGGAAUGGUUAAACCAGAUUCAUGAAAGUUCGGGAGGUCGGAAACUUCCCCUCGUUAGAUUCAAAAUGUCAGAUUUAACGACAAGAACUAUUUUAGUAGAACCAGAAGAGUGGGCCAUUGAAGAUGAACAAGAGAAACCGCUUGUUUCUAGAAUUCAGUUACCACUAAUGCUUGCGUGGUCUUUAUCAAUCCAUAAAUCACAGGGGCAAACAUUACCGAAGGUGAAAGUUGAUUUGAGACGAGUUUUCGAAAAGGGACAAGCAUACGUAGCAUUAUCAAGAGCUGUCUCAAGAGAAGGGUUACAGGUUUUAAAUUUUGAUAAAAGUAGAAUUGCAGCUCAUGGUAAAGUGGUUGACUUUUAUAUGACUUUGACAUCUGCAGAUUCAGCGCUAGCUAAACUUGGGAAAAAUCCACCUGUAAAAAAACAGCCUCAAGGAAAACUACAAUAUGCCCCUAAAACUAGAAACUAUAGCACGGAUAAUAAAUCUGAUAAUGGAAAUAAUAGAAUCCGUGGUAGCAGUAUUGCCAAAUUGCUACAAACAAGGAGAGAGAGAUCGAAACAUUGA